AAACAAUGUUCCUCGAGAAUGCUACUCUCCUCCACCUCGCAGGCACCCACCUCUGCGGGGAGUUACACCUUUUUUCUUUCAGUAAUUUUGGAUGACCCGAUUCCGACUACUCGGACAAUCGAGAUACGUUCUUAAGGCAGCCCUAGGACCUGGCACAGCAGCACAGCACCUCCUUGCGAUUGAGUCCUCGGUAUCAACAUAUACACAACCGUAUUUUUUCUCCACCAUGCCUCCCAAACGCAAAGCAACACCCCGCUCUAUUCCCCCCAACGCCGCCUCCGCAAUCGCCUACACCGACCCGUCCGGCAGCGCACCAAACAAGCGUUCGCGGCUUUCAAAACCCCAGAAGAAGAUCGACGAGUAUAUCAUCGGAACCAUGAACCUCAAUGCAGAUCCUCCACCGGAGCGUACCGCUGUCGUUACAAAUGGCCGAGGCCUGUACGACGAAGAACCCUUCUUCGAUCACUCCCGCCCGGAAGAGCGUGCAGGAAUCGUAGACCGGCGCUUCUAUCCCGCCGAAAUCAGCAACGAGAGAUGCGCCAUGUAUAACGCCAACGAUAUCCCGCGUCCAAUCGAAGUGCUGGAAUCCACUCUCGAAGCAACGCAAGCUGCGCGGGACCAAGCGGGAAAGGCCACUGGAGAAGCGGUAAUUCACUGGUUCAAGCGCGAUCUCCGUAUCCGUGAUAACACUGGUUUGAGUCUUGCCUGCCAGAAGGCGAAAGAGAAGGGCGUGGGUGUGAUUGGCUUGUGGAUCCUCAGUCCGCAGGAUUGGGAGGCCCACCUUGUGAGUCCGGCCAAGUGCGAUUUCGAACUCAGAUCUCUGCGGGUGUUGCAGAGGAAGUUGAACAAGCUGGGUAUCCCUUUGCAUAUGGAAGUGGUACCUGAGAGGAAGAACGUUCCGAAGAGGAUUGUCGAGCUGUGCGAGGAGUGGGACGCAAAGAACGUGUUUUGCAAUAUCGAGUACGAGCCGGAUGAGUUGAGGCGGGAAGAGAAGCUGGUGAAGAAGUGCUUGGAGAAGGGAAUUGCGUUUUGGCCGCACCAUGAUGACUGCGUGGUUCCGCCGGGGACGUUGAAAACUGGGUCAGGGAAACAGUACGCGGUGUAUACGCCUUUCUUUCGCGCGUGGGUCGCUUACCUGCAUGCGCAUCCGGAGGUGCUUCAAGAGCCGCCUGCGCCUACGUCAAAUUCGAGGGGUUUUCGGACGGGAAGGUUCAGCCAUUUGUUCGACGAGAAGAUACCAGAAGCCCCGGACCACAAACGAUUGGAGCCGGAAUUCAAGGAGCGAUUGGAGCAGCUGUAUCCCGCAGGAGAAGCCGCGGCGCUGGAUCGUCUGCAGCAUUUUCUGGCUGAACAGGUCGGAGAGUAUCACGAUACGAGGAAUUUCCCGUCCAAGGACAGCACCGCACGCGUGAGUAUGCAUCAUGCCGCUGGGACUCUGGCGGCGCGGACGAGUGUACGGAUGGCGAGAGAUGCCAACAGCACGAGGAAACUCGAUGGCGGCAACGAAGGAAUCAGAAGUUGGAUAUCAGAAGUCGCAUGGCGGGAUUUCUACAGGCACGUUCUCUGCAACUGGCCCUAUAUCUGCAUGCACAAGCCCUUCAAAUACGAAUACACAAACAUCACCUGGGAAUACGACGAUGCGCACUUCCGCGCCUGGUCCACCGGCCACACCGGCUACCCCAUCGUCGACGCCGCCAUGCGCUGCCUCCACGCCACCGCCUACAUGCACAACCGCCUGCGCAUGAUCACCGCCUCCUUCCUCGCCAAACACCUCCUGCUCGACUGGCGCCUCGGAGAGCAGUUCUUCAUGACGCACCUGAUCGACGGGGACUUUGCGAGCAAUAACGGCGGAUGGGGCUUUUGCACGUCCACGGGCGUGGAUCCGCAGCCGUAUUUUCGGAUCUUCAAUCCGUGGACGCAGUCCGAGAAGUUCGAUCCUGAUGGCGAGUUUAUCAGGGAGUGGGUGCCGGAGUUGAGGGAGGUGGAGGGGAUGGCGGUGCACAAUCCGUAUGAGGCGGGGGGUGAGGCGGCGAGGGUGGCGGAGAGGAACGGGUAUCCUAGGCCGAUUGUGGAGCAUAGAUUUGCGAGGGAGAGGUGCUUGAGGAGGUUCAAGGAGGGUAUUGGGAGGGAGACGGCUUAGAGGAC